AUGGAGAAGCUACCCCUUUCCCUUUUGCUACAAGUAGCACUGCUACUACUCAUUUUGUAUCGGUUCUUUGGCCGCUAUCACGGCCACAAGUCCAGGAAACUUCCUCCAGGGCCAUACCAAUAUCCCAUAGUUGGAAACACGUUCCAGCUCAGAGGAAUUCUCCAUUCAGCACUAUCAAAACUCUCCAAAACAUUUGGACCUUUGAUGUCAAUUAAGGUACUGAACAGAACAAUGAUUAUUGUAUCCUCACCAAAAGUAGCCAAAGAAUUAUUUCAAAAAUAUGAUCAUGUCUACACCUCAAAACUAGUCCCUGAUUCAGUCCGAGCAUUCGAUCAUCACAAGUUCUCUGUUAUCUGGUUACCAGCAAAUAGCAAAUGGCGCAAUCUUCGCAAGCUGUGCAAAGAACAACUUUUCUCCUCGGAGCGACUCAAUGCUAGUCAAGGGCUCCGUCAAGAAAAGGUGCAACAACUUUCCGCCUUCACAACAAUCGUUAAUGUUGUGUCCAACACUUUCUUCUCUGCUGAUUUUGGUCAUUACGAGUCAAAUUCAUCUCAAGACCUGAAAGAAAUUAUAUCCGCUGCGUUGGGCAUCAUAGCCAAACCUAAUCUCUCAGACUACUUUCUGGUGCUCCGUGCGAUUGAUCCACAGGGUAUUAGGCGCCAGAUCAAGUUUUACUUCAGAAAAUUGCUUCAAAUAUUCGAUGAAAUUAUUAGUCAACGGUUAAAAGAAAGAGAGAAAUCCCUUGCUUAUCGUCGGAGAAAUGACUUGUUGGAGGUCCUCCUUGACCUGACUCAGCUGCGCAAAACUGAAUGGAGCAUUGAGGACGCAAAACAUUUGCUUCUCGAUUUAUUUAUUGCAGCAUUUGAUACAACAACUUCUACGGUGGAAUGGGCAAUGGCUGAGUUACUGAGGAACCCAGAAAAAAUGGAAAAGGCUAAAACUGAGAUAAGAGAAGUCAUUGGACAUCGUAAACUGAUUCAAGAAUCAGACAUUUCUGCACUCCCAUACUUGCUGGCAAUUGUUAAAGAGACCUUUCGCCUUUACCCUCCUGUCAGCAUAAUGAGUCGCCACUACGAGGCCGACAUAGAAAUUGACCAGUAUAUUGUACCCAAAAAUGCUGUAGUACUUGUUAACCUUUGGGCAAUUGGUAGAGAUUCGAGCGUGUGGUCGAACCCUGAUUCAUUUGUGCCUGAAAGAUUCCUAGACAGUGAAAUUGAUGUCAAAGGCCAUCAUUUUGAGCUCCUUCCAUUUAGCACAGGCAGGAGAAUAUGUGUUGGGAUGCCGCUGGCCGAGCGGAUGCUUCAUCUGAUAUUGGCGUCACUCAUUCAUAACUUUGAUUGGAAGCUUGAAGAUGGGAUGAAGCCAGAAGGUGUGGACAUGAGUGAAAAGCUUGGAAUCACAAUGCAGAAGGCAGUACACCUUAAAGCCAUUCCAAUUAAAGCCACAAUGUAA